UCCUCAUUACUCAUUUACUGUUUGAUAUGAAAUAAUUAUGAACCAGCGUUAUCACUAAUUACGAACGUAAAUUUAAAUUAAAUACUGAAACAAAAAAUUAUAACUUUGCGUUUUAUUGUUGAAGAAAUGGAAGUUGAGGCUUAUACACAAUGUCCCAGUCAUAAGAUUUCAUUUCAAUGGAAACUAGACGGAUUGAUUGGAUUAAUGGAAGCUGCUAGUUUCGAUAAAUGUGACGAAAAACUUAUAUCGCCACAAUUUUCAACAAAGUCAAAGUUGAAGGAUAAAUGGCAUCUAGAGCUACGUUUACAAAACCAAUUUCUAGCAACUAACGUAGGAUGGGCCGAAAUAAAAUUACAAUUAGAUGAUGCAACGGCGAGAAAAGUAAGAGCAGAAGCUACGUUUUUUAUGUUAAAUAGUAAAAAAGAAAAAGUGUUUGUUGUACUAAAGUUUUGCAGAAACUAUGAGCUUGCUAGAAGUUGGUUCUUUGUUCGUUUUUUUGAAAUAAAAAAAUUGUUAGAAAAUAAAGAUGAAUACUUGUCUAACAACAUAGUGACGAUAGGCGUUGAUCUUGUGGUAUAUGAUGAUGAUCAAGUAUCAAGUUUAAUUGAAAAUAAAUUUAAAUUUUCAAAACAUCGAAUUGUUGAUGAUCUUGAAGAACUUUUUGCAAGUAAACUAAAGAGUGAUGUAGUCUUGAUAGUGAAUGAUAAAAGAAUUAAAGCUCAUAAAAGUAUUUUGAUAGCACGUUCUCCUGUACUUGCUGCGAUGUUUAUGCAUAAUACAGUUGAAAAUAAAAACAGUGAAAUAAAUAUUGUCGAUUUAAAAGCUGAAAUAAUUGAAAAAAUGAUCAAGUUCAUUUACACAGACAAAGUUGAAAAUAUUGAUGAUGAUGCUGAAUAUUUAUUGGAAGCGGCUGACAAAUAUCAGGUGCAAAUGUUAAAAGAAUUGUGUGAAAAGUCACUUAGUAAGUCAGUGUCUCCUGAAAAUGCUGUAAGAAUUAUGAUUUUAGCACAUCGCCAUAAUGCUGAGCAGUUGCUGGAAUUUGUUAACGAUUUUAUAGUUGCUAAUGCCAAAGAUGUCAUUGAAGCGAGCGAUUACAAGUCAUUGGAUAAAUCAAAUUUUCUUUUAUUAUUAACGUUAUUCAAAAAACUCGUUGCAAUGAAUCAUGAUUCAAUAAAAUUAUUUGAUAUUAAAUCUUAAAUUAUUGAUAAGACAACUGGUAAAACAUGAUAGCAAUUAAAUGAAUAUAUCAGAAAAAUUUGAAUCCGAAAUUCUGCUUGUCCUUAAAUAAAUUUUCUCUUGAUUUUUUUUAAUAUAGUUAAAUACUUU